CAAGUCAAGUCAGGAUUUAUUUCUAGAGCACAUUUAAUACAACGGCAGUCGACCAAAGUGCUGCACAUAGUGCCAGAGGAAGUGGUCGUAGUGCUGCAGCCAUAGCUGAAGACUAUCAUGAAGGUUAGAGCUUGUACAAGAAGGGAGUUCAGUGUCAUCUUCCUCUUUCUGGCUGUGGCUGCCUUAAUCUUUGGGCUACGUAACGUGGAGGUCCUGGAGCAGUUUCAGCAUAAAAUACACUCCACCACCAACGCCACAAACAUUUCCACUGACCCAGAUGUGAAUCACAGCUUCUGCACCUUCCAGCCACUCUCCGGUGAGGACGCUCUGGAGGAACGCCUCCUACUAGACUCCAUUGCUUGGCCUGAAACUCCACUUUUGCGAGCUCCUGUUUCCCUGGAGAAUACCAGUGAUCCAGCUCACAGCACCUUCACCAUUCUCCCAAGGAGGGGAGGAGGACAGUGGCAAGUAGGGGAUCAGCUGGAGGUUAUGAUAGAAAUGUCUGACUUCCAUGGUCGUCCCAAGAAGUAUGGGGGGGACCUCUUACUCGCCCGGCUCCACAACAUGAAGCUUGUUGCAGGUGUAGCUGGGCAUGUGAUGGAUCAUCUCAAUGGGAGCUACUCUGCUGUGUUCUCUUUACCCUGGGAAGGAGACGCGCAGGUUGAGGUGAUGCUGGUUCACCCUAAUGAGGCUAUCACAGUGCUGAACAGGAUAAACAGAGAACAGCCCGACAGGGUUUUCUUCAAGAGCCUCUUCCGCUCAGGCUCACUCUCUGAAAUUACCAUCUGUGACAUCUGCCUACGUCCAACCCAGCAGCCGCUGUGCAACUUCACUGACCGUCUUACAGGCGACCCUUGGUUCUGCUACAAGCCAAAGAACCUGAGCUGCAAUGCCAGGAUCAACCACGUCAUGGGAGGAGUCAAAUACAUAAUUAAGGGAAAUGAGACGAAGCUCUUUCAAAGGGGUGUCAACUUGAGAGUUGAAAUUCGGGCUUCAGGACCUCCCAGUGUCACUGUGUUGCCAAAAAAUAAAGAUCAACCACAGUUGAAAAGCAGCAUUGUGACAUCUGGACCCUCUGGCUAUUACUACCAGGGUGCAUGGCGAUCAUUAAAUGGCCCCACAGUUCGCCAGUUCAACAUCUCUGACAUCAGUCCGUGUCUGAAAGGCAAGGUGGUCCACAUGUAUGGAGACUCCACCGUCAGGCAGUUUUUUGAAUAUCUCAACGCAGUACUACCAGAUCUUAAGGAGUUCGACCUGCACAGUCCGAAGAGAGCUGGACCUUACAUGGCCUUAGACUAUGCAAACAAUAUCAGGGUAACAUACCGCUUCCAUGGUCCUCCUAUCCGUAUUGUCACUGUCCCAACCAGGGAGCUUCGUUACAUUGCUAAUGAAAUAGAUGGUUUAAUUGGAGGCACCAAUACUGUUGUACUUUUUUGUGUCUGGGCUCACUUUGGCCCUUAUCCCAUGGAGCUCUACAUCCGGAGGCUGCAGAGCAUCCGCAGGGCGGUGGUGCAGCUGCUGGACAGGGCUCCCGGCACAGUGGUCAUCAUCCGGACUGGGAACCCGCAAGGCCUGACGCUUAAUUUUGCACAAACAAAAAGUGACUGGUUCUCACUGCGGUUCAACAAGGUGCUCAGACUCAUGUUCAAAGGACUGAAUGUUCAUCUGAUUGAUGCCUGGGAGAUGGUCGUGGCCCACUAUCUGUCGCACAUGCUCCACCCACAACCUCCCAUUAUUAAGAAUAUGAUGAAUGUUAUCUUGUCCUAUGUAUGUCCUGCAAAGGGCAACUAGAUGUACAUUUGUUGGGGGGGGAGGUCAUUUCAGAUUUGUCACAGGGUAUUGGACAUUUUCAUUUGGAAAAGUAGCACAGGAUAAAGCAUGUCAACUUCUAAACCACAAGAAUUCACAACAGAUGGGCAGAAACAGGAGAUCUACCUAGGUGCAGUUAGUUUCCUGAUAACCUCUUCAACCCUGCCCACCAGCUCCAAGGCCAGGAAGCCAAAUCAGCCCCAGGAAAAAAAGGCAGAGAAAGGGAGGUCACAAAACUUAAAAUAUUCACAACUGUUAGGCAUUGGGGAUACAAUUCUGAAAAAAAUCACACAUCAAUCAGCUGGUUUCUCAUGAACUUGAGGCAAUAAUAUCACAUAUGCAAAACUGUUGGGUUUUUUUGUCAUUUUAGGCUUAAAGCACUAAAGUCUGAAAAAAUGUCCCAUCAUUCUGCUGUUUUAGGUGUACUGUCAAAGAUUUUGGUAACAUUUGAUGAAAAAAUGUUGUGCACACAGUACAAAUUACAACAAGGUAUUGAAUAUCACUGUGGGCAUAUUCUUAUGAAUAUAGACUGACAUACUUCUGAAUUGACUUUAGGCUGCAGUAAGACAAACUUUUGUCACAAUUCAAUGGGUGUGCUGAAAAAAUUCUCAGCUCUGUAGGGCAUUCUGGUGAUUUAUUAUGAUUUUUUGAAGCUUGGAAUGAGAAAUAUUUUUGAAAUUUAGAUUUAAUAUAAUAAGCCGUGAUGGGAAUAACGUUAUCUCUACAACUAGCUAACAUUAAUCCAUUGUCUCACUGCUUGACUGAGCACCAGUGUAAGCUAACAUUCACAUAAUUUUUUUUUUUUUUGAUGCACCGACCCAUCAAAUAUAUGGAAAGAAUACAAUAAAGAUUUGUAGAAAGAGUGAGGAUUAAAAGAUUCAACUACAAUGGGGAUGAUUCAAAGGCAGUGUGCAGAUUCAGAUUCUGUGUGACAUAUGUACUCAUCAUUCAGAUCUUGUUCAGCAUACCACCACUGUUAAUAUGAAAGUAAAAUGGCUCUUAUAUGCAA